GUGCGGAAGCUCCAGAGCGGCCCGCCAUGGCUGCAGGAGGCCCCGACGCGGGGUCCGAGCCCCACGCUCCCUCCACGUCUUCCCUGCCUCUGGCUGCGCUCAACGUGCGAGUGCGGCGCCGCCUCUCGCUGUUCCUGAACGUGCGGACGCAGGUGGCUGCCGACUGGACCGCGCUGGCAGAGGAGAUGGGCUUCGAGUAUUUGGAGAUCCGGCGGCUGGAGAGACACGCCGAUCCCACGGGCAGCCUGCUGGACGACUGGCAGGGACGUCCCGGCGCCUCGGUGGGCCGUCUGCUCGAGCUGCUUGCCAAGCUGGGCCGCGACGACGUGCUGCUGGAACUGGCGCCCAGCAUCGAGGAGGAUUGCCAGAAGUAUCUUUUGAAGCUACAACAGGAGGAGUCUGAGAAGCCCUUACAGGUGGCCGCUGUAGACAGCAGCAUCCCACGGACGGGAGAGGUGGCGGGCAUCACCACACUCGAUGACCCCACAGGGCAAAUGCCUGAGCGAUUUGAUGCUUUUAUCUGCUACUGCUCCAGCGACAUCCAGUUUGUACAGGAGAUGAUCCAGCAGCUGGAACAGACAAACUAUCGGCUGAAGUUGUGUGUGUCCGACCGUGAUGUCCUGCCUGGCACCUGCGUCUGGUCUAUUGCCAGUGAGCUCAUUGAGAAGAGGUGCCGCCGGAUGGUGGUAGUUGUCUCAGACGAUUACCUGCAAAGCAAGGAAUGUGACUUCCAGACUAAGUUUGCCCUCAGCCUGUCUCCAGGUGCCCAUCAGAAGCGACUGAUCCCUGUCAAGUACAAGGCAAUGAAGAAAGAGUUCCCCAGCAUCCUGCGGUUCAUCACUGUCUGCGACUACACCAACCCCUGCACCAAGUCCUGGUUCUGGACUCGCCUCGCCAAAGCCCUGUCCCUGCCCUGAACACUGCCUUGGGAUGCUGGAUGUAUGUGUGUCUGUCUGCCUAUACAUGUACUUCUGCCCCUGCCUCCUCCUAUGGUUCUAGGAGGAUCCUGUGCUCCACUUGCCUCUUGAUUCCUUGACACGCCAACUCCACAGACACAUCUGCAGCCACUGUACAUUUCUGGACCUCACAUCUCACGUCCUGCAUGGAAUCAAUGGCGGCAAGUGGACGCACCUGCUGGGACUAAGAGAGGGACCAAAGGAGCCAUCUCUGACCCAUCCACACGUCUCAGACCUCAGUCUCUCCAUCUGAGAACUGAGUAGGACGGAGAGGACAGGCCGUAGCUAUAUUCAGGUCACUGCGGGAAAUGGUGAAGCUUUGUUCUGGGUCUCCUGGGGGAGGCAGAUCUUGGCUGAGAGAGAGCUGGCUGCCAGGGCCAUACACCGGUACUGCACGGCCACAGCACGGCCAGGGAGGCUGCCUCCGCAUGGUGCCUACUUGUUGCCCGCCUCACACCCCACUUCCUCCUGCCCCACGGGGUAGAUGCUGACCCAGCACAGGGCAAGCUCAACUUGAACCUGAUUCCCCCAUCGGUUCGCCUCUGUCUGCCUCUUGCAGCACCCCUAGCUUCUUCCCACCUGAGCAGCUGGGCUGCUUCUCACUUCAACCCACGGAGAGCUGUGGUCACACUCUCAGCUCUGCCUGGCGCAGGAUGGGGUACAUCGAGUUGGUUCUGAGGCUGGGUCACCUUGGCAGAGAAAGCAAGAAACCUGCUUCCCUGGACCACCCAUGGAGAGCUUUCCCACCCACCUUUUGUACCUUGAUUGCCUUAUAGAGUUGCUUGCUGCGAUCAGUUUAUGAACAGCGGUCCCAUAAGAGCCUCCCGACCCAAAGCUUGUGCGCACACAGGCACGCGCACAUGUGCACGCAUUUCCCUGGGUACAGCUCCCAGGUGUGGCUGGGUGAGACAGCCCAUCACUGAGGGGGUCUAACUGUGGACAAACACCGGACGCUUGUAUUCCUUUUCUUUUUUUCCCAUUUCAUUGAAAACAAGUCUCUGGAAAGAACCCAAUAUGCCAGCACUAUGCCUUCAGUAAAGCACAGAGCAAGGAAGGGAGUGGCUGGAAUUCACACAGCAAGUCAAAGGCAGCUGUUUCUCCCUCUGCAGGAGAUUUGUGUGUUAGUUAACCUCAGGCUCUCCUUUGGGGAGAAAAUACCAUGGUCUCGGGUCUCUGUCCCAGAGUGGAUCCCAGAACCCUAAAUCUCAUUUAAAAAAAAAAAUUGUGUCUUCUCUGUUCCAUCUCCAGCAGGGAGAUGGAAAAUACCUAAUACCUAAACACAAGGUACCUUUCCUCAGGGUCUGGGGAGGGGCAGAAGACCCCUCAGUAUGAUCUUGAUGAAACACUUAACUACCAGGCACUUAUCCCCGCUUUGAUAUUGGGGAAUAUUUUAAAAUAAUUUCAAGAAGGUAUCACCAAUUUUGUAUACAUUGUAAGAAUUUCAAAGAGUCAAGAAAUGCCUAUAUCAUUUCUCCUGUAUCCAGUACUUAUAAUAAAGAAUUUUUUAUUU